ACCCAUUCGCGCAUAGAACUAUAUCAAUAAUUCAUCACAAUAUCAACAAUGGUUACUUCUGGCUCUCAAUCUGACUCUUCUCCUCACCCAAUGCCCGCCAACAACAUUGACGCAUAUGCUCUUUUUGAGGCUCUCACCGGUCACAAGAUGGAUAGGCGGACAAUACCUUCUCGAACCAUGUCUGAAGAUUACGAGGAUCUUGGCAACGAAAAUGACGACAGUCCUCUCCUGGGCCAGGAGCCUUCCCCUGAUGAACCGCCCAAAGAUGUAAAUAUCGGCGCCAUUAACCCCUACGCUCUUGUCGAAGCCAUGGUUGGCCAUAGGCUAGACCGCCACGCACUCUCUACUUCGCGUAUCAUUUCAGACGUCUUGCAGACUGACUACGAAGAGCUUUUCGAUUUGAAGCACAAUUCAAUCCUUUUUGCUGGCCUAAAGCUGAAUGAGCAGGAACGCCGAGCUGAGGAGUUGUCCGAGAAAGAGAUCCAGAUCCUUGAGGAACGGGACCUCGUCACGCCGGACCUGUCACGCGUCAAGACCCUCAAUGAUCUCGAGAAGAUCGGCCUUAAAGAGGUGGGCGACACCCGAAUCAAGAUGGCUCGCAUGCAGAACGGGAAGCUCCGUCUCAUACUCGAUGGCCAGUCCCUCGGUAGGACCGUUGGUAACAAUGAUGUCACGGAGACCAUCAACGACCUUGUCCUUCCCUUCCGGCGUAACAAGGAGGAGCGCGAAUGGAACCCCCCUAACAGCUCCUGGCGCGACAUGAACGAAGCAUUCUUCCGUAGCAUCCCUCGCCGAUUUAUGAUGGACGGAUCUCCUUUCGGAUUUUCCCACAAUUUCCACGAGCAGUACCAGCACCGCUUUGAUGACCCAACCCAGGGCGCAGCUAGCAACAGCUGGCUGAUCGCCGCCAUCUUCUCCGUGUUCUGGGCCAACCCAGCCAUGAUCAACCGAUCGACUCGCACACUCUCAGGGCCGAUGGAACGCAGCCGGCGCACGCUCUCGGUGAAAUUCCACGACAAGGGCGGGCGCAACAACGCCAAGACCGAGACCGUCGAGGUGGACUACCAGAUCCCCGUCAACAACUCGACGGACAUGCCGAUCUACGCACGCUCGAGCGACGGCUACGAGACCUGGCCGGCGCUGUACGAGAAGGCGUUCGUGAAGUGGAUGACGGGCUCGCAGGACCGCGGCCGCGUCGACCUGACGCAGGCGCACAACGGCGACCCCGUGAAAGCCAUGGCCCAGCUCAACGGCCGCGAGCCGCGCUACUACCUCACGGACCGGCACUCGGCGGCCGAGCUCGCGGGGCUCGUGCGCGCCUGCAGCGUCAACAAGCGCACUAUUAGUCCCAUGGCCGCCUGGACCCAUGCUACGGGCGACAUGUUCCGCGGCUGCAACCUCGUCGCGAAUCAUGCUUACUCGGUCCUGGGCUGGGUCAGCGAGGGCCAGGACGAGAACCAGUAUAUCAUCGUGAGGAACCCGUGGGGCGUCACCGAGCCCCGCGGCUUGACGUCCUACCCGGGCCUCUUGGACCGCGUCGAGCCUGAGUACUGGCCCCCUGCUGCGCUGCUGGACCGCGAUGGCGUGUUGAGCAUUGAGGUGCAGGCUUUUAAGAAGUACUUUGCUUGUAUCGGUGUGGCGAAAUAAGGGAAAUGGGAAAUAGGUUGUUGGCUUGUGCUAGUUUAGUCGGGGGUCUCUCGAAUUUGGAAGGCUUGAUUUCUUGGAUUUGGAGUUGUUACUGCUUUAACUGGGUUUAAAUGGUUGGCGUUGAUGAACA